CCAUUUCAUCUAAAACCCUACUUCUCUUCGAGACUCAACAGAGUCUUCAUCUCUUCAACUUACAACUAGGGUUUUCAGAAAACCCAAAUCACGUUAACAAUGUCGAUGUCAAAGAGUUCCAAGAUGCUUCAAUACAUCAACUACCGAAUGAGGGUAACAAUUCAAGACGGUCGUCAACUCGUCGGAAAGUUCAUGGCCUUCGAUCGACACAUGAAUCUCGUUCUCGGUGACUGUGAAGAGUUUCGCAAACUUCCGCCGGUGAAGGGGAAGAAAACGGCAGAUGGAGACCGUGAAGACCGCCGUACACUUGGUCUUGUUCUACUUCGUGGUGAAGAGGUUGUGUCGAUGACGGUUGAAGGUCCUCCUCCUCCUGAAGAGUCUAGGUCGAAGGGUGUUAAUGCUGCGGCAAUGGCUGGUCCUGGGAUUGGUAGGGCUGCUGGGAGAGGUGUCCCUCCUGCUCCUGUUAUUCAAGCUCAGCCUGGUUUGUCUGGUCCUGUUCGUGGUGUUGGUGGACCUGCUCCCGGAAUGAUGCAGCCGCAGAUCUCGCGGCCUCCUCAGAUGUCGGCGCCUCCUGUUUCGUAUCCCGGUGGUGCUCCGGUUAUGCGUCCUCCUGGUCAGAUGCCUUAUCCUGGACAAGGUCCACCUCCGAUGGGGAGGGGUCCUCCUCCACCUAUGCCGCCUGGACAAUUUCCUCAGAGACCAGGUGGUCCUCCACCACAAUUUUCCAUGCCGCCUCCUCAGUAUGGGCAGAGACCUAUGGGCCCACCUCCUCCUGGACAGAUGGUUAGAGGACCUCCUCCUCCACCUCGUCCUGGAAUGCAAGCACCACCACGUCCUGGCAUGCCUCCUCCUCCUGGAAGCGGUGUUCCGGUGUAUGGUCCACCUCGGCCUGGCAUGCCCCCUCCACCUAAUGCUCCAAACCAACAACAGCAAAAUUGAUAGGAUUCUGCUUGCUGGAGCUCUUAAGUUAUGGACAUUGGACUUCUUAUUACAGAUCAAUAUCCAACUCCGUGAGAGUAAUUGUGACCUGUACAACCUUGAAUCAGUCUCUUAUUAGGGUUUUUAUUGAUGUUGUGAUGAGAACGUUUAUAUUAGAACAUUUAUGUUUUGGAGGAAGAUAUUGUACCGAAACUCGAGCAUUAAACAUCCAAAACUGGCUGUGUAGAUUGUUGGGUAAUUUUGCUAAAUCAGUGUGCUAAUUUCUAAAUUGUAGGGGAUGGUUUGUCUCAUUUAUAAGUGUUUUAUGCUAUAUAACAUAAUUACCAUUUUCCAAA